GUCAGAGAGUAGGAGAAAAGAAGAUGGUAGGACCAGUGAGGCCUCAGUUUGUGUUGUUUGGUUCCUCCAUUGUUCAGCUCUCUUAUUCCAGGCAAGGUUGGGGAGCUAUUCUUUCUCACUUGUAUGCUCGUAAGGCGGAUAUAGUUCUGCGAGGAUACUCAGGUUGGAAUUCAAGGCGUGCUCUGCAGGUUCUGGAUGAAAUUUUUCCCAAGAAUGCCUGUGAGCAACCAUCGUUGAUAAUUGUGUACUUUGGUGGUAAUGAUUCUAUUCUUCCGCAUCCAAGUGGCCGUGGUCAGCAUGUACCUCUCCAAGAAUACAUUGAAAAUAUGAGGAAGAUUGCUAUCCAUCUCAAGAGCCUUUCUAAGAAGACUCGCAUUAUAUUUCUCAGUGCUCCUCCCAUCAAUGAGGCACAAAUUUAUGCAAACAGUGAAACCAGUGAUCCAUUGGGGCAGCGGUUAAGGACAAAUGAAUCCCUUCGAUUAUACUCAGAAGUGUGUUUGGAGCUGUGCCGUGAGAUGAAUAUAAAGGCCAUUGAUCUCUGGUCUGCAAUCCAGAAAAGGGAUAACUGGAGAGAUGUUUGCUUCAUCGAUGAUGGAAUUCAUUUGUCAGCUGAGGGAAGCACGACAGUGGCAAAAGAGAUAUUGAAGGUCCUUGAAGAAGCAGAUUGGGAACCUAGCCUGCACUGGAAGUCAUUGCCAAUUGAAUUUGAAGAAGAAUCACUAGGUAGAAAAGGAGAAAAGUGGGUAGUAGGACCAGUGCGGCCCCAAUUUGUGCUGUUUGGUUCGUCCAUUGUUCAGCUCAGUUACUCUAUGGCAGGUUGGGGAGCUAUUCUUACUCACUUGUAUGCCCGUAAGGCAGAUAUAGUUCUGCGAGGAUACAAUGGUUGGAAUUCAAGGAAUGCUCUGCAGGUUCUGGAUGAAAUUUUUCCCAAGAAUGACAGUGAGCAACCAUCUUUGGUAAUCGUAUACUUUGGGGGUAAUGAUUCUAUUCUUCCACAUCCAAGUUGCCGUGGCCAACAUGUACAUCUCCAAGAAUACAUAGAAAAUAUGAGGAAGAUUGCUAUCCAUCUUAAGAGCCUUUCAAAGAAAACUUGCAUUAUAUUUCUCAGUGCUCCUCCCGUCAAUGAAGCACAAAUUUAUGGAAACAGUGAUCCACUGCGGCCGCGGUUACGGACAAAUGAAUCCCUUCGAAGAUACUCAGAAGCAUGUUUGGAGCUGUGCCGUGAGAUGAAUAUCAAAGCCAUUGAUCUAUGGUCUGCAAUCCAGAAAAGGGAUAACUGGCAAGAUGUUUGCUUCAUUGAUGGAAUUCAUUUAUCAGCUGAGGGAAGCAAGAUAGUGGCAAAAGAGAUAUUGAAGGUUCUUGAAGAAGCAGAGUGGGAACCUAACCUGCACUGGAAGUCAAUGCCAAUUGAAUUUGGUGAAGAUUCACCAUAUGAUCCAAUUGGCCCUGAUGGAAAGACAACUACAAAUGUCUCAAGUUGGACCUUCCUAGAAACUACAGAAUGGGACUAGUCUUAUGUACAUUUGAAAACUUAAGACAAGUCCCAGUUCAUAGAAUCCUUAGGCAACAAUCACAAAAUAACAGGAACUUUGAACUGUGCCUGCAGAAAUAUGGCGUUCUUAGUUCCUUUACCUGUGUCACUAGUCCCUGGUUUUUCACUGUGUGAGUGGUAUGAACUUGUGACUAUAAUUGCUUUUUAAUUAAGUCAAUUGCUUGUUAGUUUCACCAUUUUAUGGUUUUUUGUUGGCUAAGGUUAUACAUUACAUGUUUUGUUACUACAGAUUAA